AACGGCACCCCGGACUUGAUUCAUGCUGCCGGCUUGCUUUUUCGCGAGGGGUGCGCGCUCAUUUCGAGGGUCAAGAGCGAGAUUUUUGAAAUUUUUUUUCAAUCUGAUGCGCCGUUGAUCAUGAGACGCGUCGUAAAUCACGAGGGGGUUUGAGGUAUUGAGGUGAGAUAUUUGAGGAGGGACGAUUGAGAGGUGCAAAGGAGCUUUUAGUACGGUGGGAUAAGAAAGCGUUAGUUUGAUUUUGACUAAUUGAUCGGCUGACUAAUUGUUUUGGCAGCUUUUUUAACGGACGUGUCGAAGUGAUACACGCGCGUGAUUAAUGAGUAUGAUUUGAAUUCCUCACUCGUAAGAGGAAAAACACCACUGCAAGCUCCGCGUGACCAGACCAAUCAGCACGUACUACCCGCGGAAACAACCUUAUUCAUCGUCCGAAACAAGGCAAUCGGCAAAAUGGACAUUCUUUCUUCCUCCGGCGAGUAGUCGCGCCUUUUUAAUUCCAGUGUCAUUUUUUCCACUGUCUAUUUAAAAAAAAAUCUGGAAGAUACCACCACCUAGCACGUGCGCGGCGGCAACGUACUAAACGUUUUCGCCCUCUCUCCCUCUCGCUUACAGUUUUCCUUUUCUCGCUCGAAUCUAAAAAAGAGCGCACAUAGUCCCGACGACGACGCGGACGACGGGGCGGCAUUGUUCGGCAGUUCUCGCGAAAUGAGCGGAAGAGAGAAUGUGUUAAUGGCGGAGCUGGAAAAUGAAGUGGACGAGAUGAGUUCCAUCCGUUCAUUGAGGCUCUCCUACCAUUCGUGAAGUCUUUCUCGUACACGUGGUUCAACCUACAGGCAGCGAAGAGGCGCUACUACAAGAAGCACGAGAAGCGGAUGAGCCUCGAAGAGGAACGCCAGUGCAAGGAGGAACUCCAGAACGAGAAGCUGGAGGUGAAACAGAAAUGGGCGUCACGGCUGUUGGGAAAAUUGCGGAAGGACAUUACACAAGAGUACCGGGAGGACUUUGUGCUGAGCAUCACGGGGAAGAGGCCGGCCAUGUGCGUCCUCAGCAAUCCUGACCAGAAGGGUAAGAUGCGGCGCAUCGACUGCCUACGCCAAGCUGACAAGGUAUGGAGGCUGGAUCUGGUGAUGGUGAUCCUCUUCAAGGCGAUUCCGUUGGAGUCUACGGACGGGGAGAGACUGGAAAAGACUGCGGAAUGCGCCCAGCCGGGCCUCUGUGUCAACCCUUACCACAUCAACGUCUCCGUCCGGGAACUCGAUCUCUACCUCGCCAACUUUAUAACCAGCCACGAAGUCCUAAACGGUAUCUGCAAUGCGACGAAAGAGGAGGAGAGGCGGCGAAAAGGUGCAGGUUACCACGAACUGUAUAACGGUGUCGUGUGCAACGACACGAUCCUCGCGACUGGCGUCUUCAGCUCCAAGGAGCUCUGGAUGCUUUCAAAAGCGUCCAUACUGCAUGACCUCAGCGACAUGCAGCAGCCUCAAAUAAACGCGAUCAAAAUAGAGCACCCGCCGUACUACUGCAGCAGCUACACGCCGCCGUCGGCCGCUACGGCCGCCACCGAGCACGGCCAGCCUACCGGCGCGGCCAGCUACAGUCCACCGCCGGUACACCAGCUGAUACGCAACGACAAAACUGACAAGUCUCCGGCGGUUUCGGUCUCGAGCGCACCGACCUUCUCGCCGGUGCUCAGACCCGAGGACAGUGGCGGCGGUGGUAACGGCGGCGGUAACCACCGAGGCAUGGACUCGCCGCACUCGCAGACAGGAUUGCACUCGCCGCACGAGGGACUUGCCGGAGGCUCGGGCCAGAGCAUGUCUAGCCUCGCCUACUACCAGCCCGAGCACCCGGGCUCAGCCGGCGUCGUCAAGUACCCGGAGAACGGCCACGACACCCUCUCGGACUUCGUGACCUUCGUGUGUCAGGAGGCCGAGAACACUCAGCAACUACCCCAGACGCAACUCGCGGGCCCGCGGUCUGGCGUGCAAAAGUUCUCACAGUAUUAUCCGAGCUCGAUGUUGCCACCACCACCGCCUGCGCCGAUGGCCAGGCCGGUGGCCAUCAUCAGGUCGACCGGCGAGCUCACCGCCAGCAGCGCGAACUCGCCCCCGAACUCGACGGGCUCGCCCAGUGACCCCUCGGACAUGGGCUCCUCAUCGGCGGCCCAGGCGGCCCAGGACCAGAUGGCUCAGGCUGCAGCGGCCGGGCUCGUCGGUUCCGCCUGUCAGACGUCCGUCGACCCGGCCGGCAGGAAGAGCCCCACGAGGAUCCUCGUCACGGCGCCGCACACGAAUCGGGAGUACACCUUUGCUCACUUUCACUCGCAGCCUGGACAGCAAAUCUUCACGUACCCGACGAUCAGCUCGAUGUCCGGCGUGAUAUCGCCGACGAACCUCUCGCUCUUCUCCUCCCCUGUCUCGGUGACGAGGCCCGUGGCAACGCAGAGGUCCGUCUCCAACAUCCCGCCGCGCUGGAACACCACGCCCUUCAUAAACCUCGAGGAUGAUUACAAUAUGAUAGCGCCGAUUAUUGCGGGCACGGCCAGCGAGCCGCCCACCGCAAUGGAAGAAGAACGAUACUUCCAUCCCGUCCAUACGAGCGUCGUUGACAAGAAUGGUAACGACGGCAUGAUGGCCAGUGCCCUCGAACCCACAUCGCAUCACCACCAACAGCAGCAGCAGCAGCAGCAGCAGCAGCAGCAGCAACAACAACAACAACAGCCGCAGCAGCAAGUGAUGCAGCAGGAGAAACUCGGCAGGCCAAAGUCUCCCCCGUGACACUGGAGAACGCUUGGCUACGGGCCGGACGUCAGCUCGCCGAGCAGCCCCACGAGGGACUUGUCGCGCCGCUGCUGUCUACUGGCCCGGUAGACUGCUGCUGAUGCCGCUGCUCUGUUACUAUUCUCGUCCGGUUUGCGAUGAUAUUACGACACUCGCACACUACACACACAGCCCA